GCCACAGAGGGCGCUGUGUCUCGGCAGCGGCGGAGAGGCGGAGUUGAAAGUUCACAGCUGAGCGGCCGUGCUGGAGGAAUCUCGAAACUUGAGAGAAAUAUGGAUGAAAAUCAGGAUUUCGCUGCUGCUCUAUUAGACAGCAAAGCAACCUACGUGCUCAGUAAUGUGGCUGAAGUGGUGGAACGGAUUCUGACCUUCCUACCAACCAAACCUCUCCUCCGGAUCGCAAGUGUGUGCAGGCUGUGGAGAAACUGUGCCCGCCGUGUGUUGAGGACCCAGCAGCAGCUCACCUGGGUGUCAGCCUGUGGACCGUCCGACACUGAGGUCCAUGCCCUGUGCAGCAUCCUGGCUGAGGAGGUGGAGAAAGUGUUUCUCCUGCCUAAAACAGUGUUGGCGAUGGUAGACUGUGAGGCUUUUACUGGACAAGCUUAUUGCUACAGACAGAGUAAAGCAAAAAAGAGUCGUCACAGUCCAGACACAGUCGAAGAACUGAACCUGCUCUUCCCCAAAGGCUGUGACAUCAUGGGCGUUGCUACCCCAGGAAUAGUCUUGACUCCCAGUGGCCCUAGCUCCACCCCUCCUCAGGAGCACCAGGAAGGGGAGGCGGGCUUUGCGAUCAUGUUGCCCAGCAUGGAGGGUGUCCACAUCAAGCCCUUUCACUUCUGUAAGAAGUCCAUCUCUCCGAGUGCCCUGAAAGAAGCAGGACUAGUUGACAACCCAGAGCUUCGUGUGGUACUGUUGUUUGUCUAUGAGGCAUAUAAACCUGGAGGAGCACGCUUCCUCAGCCAGCUGCUGGAGCAGCUGUCCAAGAGCAAAGCUCUCAUCGCUGGAGGCCUGGUGGAAAGUGUCUUCUCUCCUCCCAGACAAUGCUGUAGCCAGGGUGCCCACGGUGUGGUGGGUCUGGCACUGAGUGGUUCUAAGGUGCAGGGGGCAUCUGUCCUCUUGGACCAAGAUAUCAGCAAUCCAAAGGCGGCUGAAGCCACAAUCCGGCGGUUAAAGGCAGCCAAAAUUCCAGAGAGGAACACCCUAGGGUUCAUGUUCGCCUGCGUGGGGAGAGGCCAGAGCUACUACAACAACCAGACCAACGUAGAGGCUGACGCGUUUCACAAGGUGUUCCCCAACACCCCGCUCUUUGGCCUGUUUGGCAAUGGAGAGAUUGGCUGUGACCGAAUCAUCAAAGAUGACUACACGCUGUGCGAUACUGAAACGGACAGUCUGCAGCACGAGUACACUACAGUCAUGACCCUGGUCCAUCUAGGCUGACUGAUCUUCCUGUAGAAACGGUGAAAAAAAACAGGAAAAGAGAUGACUCCUGUUUGCAACUGCAUUGGGGAACAACAAACAUUCUGUACAAAAUGUUAGUCACAUUACAGAUCAGAAUAUCUCUGUCAGCGUUUCUGCUCAUAAAGCAGGAAAUGAACCCUUCGGCCAUUAAUGUAUUGGCAUUGUUUGGGAAAUGAUGUCCCUCGGAGACUGUGUGUGAACACAGCUUAAUAUUAAAACUGAGUGAGUCUCACAAAUAGGGCCCUAAAAACACAAACUGAUCAUCUAUGUUAAAGUUCAGCUGUGAUAUAGCACUCAUUUAAAAUAUAUGUGUAUAUUUUUUCUCAAAUUCUGCACAGAUGGAUGGCAUAUCUUUCUCACCCUCAGAUGGUUCAUGGUUUGUUUGCUUUCCAAGUGAGUAAAUGAUACACACUUGAGUAUCCCAAGCUAUUAUUAUAGUUGUUGAUUCAGCAAAAGCACUUUUUUAUUCAUGUGAGUAUUAAGAGGGUGGUUCUUCUUUUACAGAAUCACGGUAAUCUUGAUUUAAAUGCUCUUUCUCCUCCUUAAGGUUUUACUCUUAAGGUUUUUACACUUGUCUUACCAAGAAUAAUGAAAACGUGUUAGCUUAAAAAUUAAUACUCUUACGCAAGAUUUCUAUCUACCUUGGUUCAGGUGGCCACAGGGAAUUCACUGUGACUGGUUUUAUCCACAUGUCAAGUCAUAUCUCCUACUACCUACUUCCUGAUGGCAGUGAGGCUUAUUGGUCACUGAUGCAGUGCUGGUGCCUGAUCUAGAACCAGUUCCACUCAUUUGCACCGAAAAAUAGCCUGGUUCGGUCUGAACUGCUCCUGUACCAGUACUUGUAGCUGUGUGAGGAGCCACGGCUGGAAAUUUUGAGCAGUGAGAAGGUUUCAAAACCUUCAAACGCAAAAUGUAAUUACUUAGUAAAGUAAAUGUAUGAAAAGCAAGCAAAGCAUCACUGUACUGUUGGCUGGGAUUUCUUUCCAAUGGAAAUGACUCAAACUAACAUAGUAACAUUGUCUUUCCGUUUUUUGAGAUUUGUUGGCAGCAAACCAACAACAGAUUGGUGCAUUACUGCCACCAGCUGGUAUGGAGUGUGGACUACAUAACAUUCCAUUUCAGACCGUUAAAAAUGUGGACUGGUUUUACAAAAUGAGUUGGUUCUGAACUGGCUCCAUCUCCCCAGUCACUGCAGCUCAAAAGAAAAAUUGUACAGGGAAUAUGAACAUUUAUUCACUGUGUGAGUGACACUGACUGACAGAAACUCUCAGUUUCACCUCAAACUAGUCGCAGCUCUUCCAACAUUUCUUAAUGAGACAGUUGAAGGAGGUUGGAAAUUGAAGAACUGUUUAAGGUCAUUGGAGAUUAAAUAAUUAGUGUCUGGCUUUGCCUAAGUCAAAUGGGAGCUGUUUUUUACUGAAGUAGUGAUAUGGGGUGAGACAGUUCCUUUUAUCCAAUAAAAUACGUGUCUCAGUUAAAUCCAUGUAGUGCUGCAACUUUCAUGUCUACAUUUCUUUCUUGACACUGAUUGAUGUCUUGCUUUUUCCUCUGUAAGAAUUAAGUCCAGAUGACAAUAAGGUGCAAUUUCCAGUUUAUCUAUGUUUUUGCCCAGUAGCCCAAUAACUGUAAAAAGCUUCAACACUGAUUGUUGUGAGAACAGAUGUUUUUUCAAGAACGGCCCAAUACUUAAAAAAAUUAGGAGCAUCUUCCUUCUCUGUAUCAUAAUGUACACAUCUGCCACUAGAGUGUGUGAAGAGGAAAUGGAAAUGUAUUUUAAGUUUAUGGCAAAUUUAGCAAUGCCUGUUUCUGUGUUGAUGCACUUUUCUACAUGUGCCAAAUCAUAUCUGUUCUCAUUUUCCUCCAUAAUAAAAUGACAAACAUUCAGUAAGUA